UGCGAUUUCUUUGAUCUGCCUGUAGCGGAAGUCGAGAGGCUACCCGUUAAAUUCCUUGUUGGUGUGGUGAUGACGAGUGGCAAGAAGCUGGAGAAGGAACUGGAGGCAAAAAAGAAGGCAGACUCGGAGACUACAGCCAUUGUCAAUCCACCCUUCGAGAACGACAUUUGCCUUUACCACGAACAUACUACCAAGAAGGAAAUGAAGGCAUGUCGUGCCCGCCGUGGGACCAGCCAACAAGUGAAGAGUGAGACAAAAGCUCUCAAGCCGGCACUACGGUAAUGGUGGGUGACUGAGGAGACGAAGGCUACCCAUCUCUGUACUUCACACUGAUAUACGGCCUCAACUCAAGGGUUUUUUGGGAGCACGUGGUGUAGGUAGUCUUUUCAGGGUCAUUAAGGUUAGACUACUUCGAGUCAUCUAUACAUAGUUGUGCCCAUGCAUCGAACUCUCCUUGCACACCA